AUAAUUUCUGGAGGAUCUGCUCUCUUUUUGCUGCUGUCACCCAGGAUGAAAAGGUGCAGAUACCCCAGGGCUGCAGCGUGGGCUUUCAGUGACUUGAAUGAGAACUGCACAGAUGCAUCAGAACAGCAUGGGCAGCGACUUCUGGGAAGAUCAUGAAAAACUGAAGUCUGGCUAAUGGACCCAGCUCCUCUCCCUUCUCUUUUGGCAGCCGUUCAUGGUAACACAAAAGGUCUCCCUGGCGUGUUUGAGUCUCCUCCUCAGUGAGCAGUUCAGCCCAGUGCCAUGCACAGCUUCAGAGUGCUUUGAGAAGAGCUCACUGAAUUCCUGCUAGGAGGGUCCUGAGCCACAGGCACAGCAAAGCUGCCCAGCUCAUCAUCAUACACAGACCUCAAAUCUCCUUUGGAGCAGCUGCCACAGGGGCUGAACUUGCAUUUUUCCUGCUGUGCUGCCCAGAUCCUGUUCCGUGCUGGCAAAGGUUGGUGGGAACCCACGACUUCGUGGUUCUGCGUGAGAUCUUUGCCCUGCUCACCCACAGCCUCUCCCUGCUCCUGUCCCUGCCACCAGAGCUGCAUCCUCACCCACCAGAUGUGCAAGUGGCUGCAAAGAGCUCCCCUCCCCGAGCACAGGUGCUCUCUUUCAAGAAAAAAGAGGAAUGGAAUAAUGCAGGAAUUCCCUGAUGGUUUGUUGCUAUCACUGUAUCAGCUCUGCAAGUGAGGCACGUUGGAGCAUGGCAGGAAGAGGAAGAUGGUUAAAAGCACAGCUGUUGUUACUCAAAACUCAGGCUAAAGCUCAUAAAAAUCAACACACCAGGCAAACAGGGAGCUCUUCUCUGCCCAGGACAGAGUUGUCUGCAGGUUUUGUGGGGCUCAGGUCCCUGCAUUUGAUGAAGUUUCUGUGCCUCAGAAUGGUGACCUUGGAAACCAGCUGGAGGUUGCAAAGUCUCCUUUCCCUUGAGGUUGGUGGUCAGUGGUCGUCAUCUACCAUGCCCAAGGAAACCAGAGGAGCUCCACGCUAACUUCUGUAAGGUCUACUUCACUAUGGAAGAUCAAAUGAUUUUCUGGCUCAGGUUUUGUGAUGUUCGGCAUCUGCCUUGGACCUGGAAUUUGGAAAAGGGGUCGUCUCUGAGGCACGGUUAAGAGACAGAGAAGCCAGCCCCAGACAAUGAGCACUUUAAGUAGCACUGGAAUAUUACUCAGCUUAACAACAGUGUCUGUUACACUGGAUUUUAGUUUGCAUGGUGGUCUGAUGGCUUGGUCCUUAAGCAGCAAUUUGACUCUGAACCAGAGUUUGCCCACAUCUGAUCCUCUCAACACCUCUGAGAAGGGCGAAGCCUCUCGGAUGUCCGUGAGGGAGAAGAAUUGGCCAGCCCUCCUGAUCUUGGUUGUCAUCCUGCUGACCAUCGGGGGCAACAUACUGGUAAUUAUGGCUGUGUCCUUGGAGAAGAAGUUGCAGAAUGCCACAAACUUCUUCCUGAUGUCUCUGGCAGUGGCAGACAUGCUGGUGGGUAUCCUGGUCAUGCCCGUGUCGCUCAUUGCAGUCCUGUAUGAUUAUGCUUGGCCUUUGCCUAAACAGUUGUGCCCUAUAUGGAUUUCCCUAGAUGUGCUCUUUUCAACUGCAUCUAUUAUGCAUCUCUGUGCCAUCUCUCUUGAUCGGUACGUAGCAAUUCGCAAUCCCAUUGAGCACAGCCGCUUCAAUUCCCGCACCAAGGCCAUUAUGAAAAUUGCUGCAGUUUGGACCAUAUCCAUAGGGAUAUCUAUGCCUAUUCCAGUCAUUGGUUUGCAGGAUGACUCCCGGGUGUUUGUAAAUGGGACCUGUGUCCUUAAUGACGAGAACUUCGUCCUCAUUGGAUCCUUCAUGGCUUUCUUCAUCCCUCUCAUCAUCAUGGUGAUCACGUAUUGCCUGACUGUCCAGGUGCUGCAGAGACAGGCCACGGUGUUCAUGUGUGGAGAGGUGCCCAAGCAGAGGAGGAGCAGCGUGAACUGCCUCAAGAAGGAAAACAACACAGAGAACAUUUCAAUGCUUCACAAUCACGAGGGGGCAUCCCACUUGAACUCCCCUGUAAAUAAGGAGGCAGUGCUUUUCCGGAAAGGAACGAUGCAGUCCAUCAACAACGAGAGAAGAGCCUCCAAGGUCCUGGGCAUCGUCUUCUUUUUGUUCCUCAUCAUGUGGUGCCCGUUUUUCAUCACUAAUGUCAUGUCGGUCCUUUGCAAGGAAGCCUGCGAUAAAGACCUGUUGAGUGAACUCCUUGACGUGUUUGUCUGGGUGGGCUACGUGUGCUCUGGGGUGAAUCCCCUGGUGUACACCCUCUUCAACAAAACCUACCGCAGGGCUUUCUCCAAUUACAUCCGCUGCCAAUACAAGCCCGGUAAAAAAUCAGCACUGAGGCAGAAUCAGUGUCUGAAUGUGGCUUCAACAGCUUUAUAUGGAAAAGACCUGACUUUAACUAGUUAUCGAAACGGCAAUGAAUUCAAUAGCAUGGAACUAGAUGAGGCAGAGGAGGGCCUUGAGAUGCAACCAGGGACUUCAGAGCUCUCCAUAAACAGCUGUAAUGUUGUAAGUGAGCGAGUGAGCUGUGUGUAAAAGUGACUCUCACAGACCUUUGCUACGGUGUAUCUGUAGCCAAAAUAUAUUGUGUAAAAAUGUGUUGGUCAAAGGACAAUGUAAAUAUUGCAUUCUGAACAAAGCUUUCUCUUUUUUUCUUUUUUUU